AAAAAGACAACAAAGAGUGUAAAAUCAGCGAAAGCAAAAUAGUAUCAACAAAGUAAUGACCGAAACAACAGGUAUGUGUGGCGUAUGAGUGAUAAACAAAUAUACCGUAUCAAACUCCAACGAAGUGCUCAGUUGUAAAUUAUUUUAGCAAUAAUUGCACACUGAGUGAUACGCAUGUGACAGAAGUAGUGUGCAAUGACGUAGUCGCGUAAACAAACGAACAGAAAGUUGAGAAAAUUAUUUUCAUUGCGAGCAAUUGAAAAAUUCAUAUAAUUAAAAUCGACGAAAAGUGUAUUUGAUUAAAUAUGAUGAAAUAAUGUUAACUGUCGUCAUACCAUAAAAAAACAAUAACAAUAUCACCUAUUUUAAAAUAUUUAUUUUUCGAUUAGAUAAAAGUUUCUUACAAGAGCAAAUAAAAAAAUCCCAAAUUACAAACCGUUUAAGAACGAACCAGUGUUUUUAUCACUGAAAAAAAAUAUUUUUAACAGCAACAAAGCACGUUAUCAAGUAUUACCGUUUCGCGGAGUGUAAAAAGCACAUUCCAAACAGUUUUAACAGUUUUAAUAAGUUAUAAAAAUAUUAUUUAAAAAGCAUUAAAUAAUCGAAAAAAACUGAUACAAUUUAAUUAUUGUAAGCAAAAUAAUUAUUUUUCUAAAAAAUGUUGACAGAAUUCGCGGGCAAUUUGGCGCAUCACCUGGAAUUCGGCCACACUCUGGAAGUUGUGGCCAAGACCAUCGACAGUGCUUCAAGAUUUCACAUUGAUAUUGGCACAGCAAAAUCUGUGAUCGAUCCAAAUGCUCAAAUAGGCUUACGUUUUUCUUGUUAUUUUCGUGAGGAUCGAAUUGUGCGUAAUGCACGUAUAGAUGGUCAUUGGGGACAAGAAGAAGUUGAAAAUAUUAUGGACAAAUCAGUGCCGAAUCCCAUUGUGUCUGGAGAGUUUUUCAUUGUCUAUAUAAUGGCAUGCGAAGAACAAUUUCAUAUCUCAAUUAAUAGUCGUCCAUUUUGCACAUUUCGGUAUAGAAUGCCGUUAGAAUCAUUGCGUACCAUAGAGAUACACGAUCAAAUACAAGUUAUUAAACAAGUUGAUCAUCGUACAGUAUUUCCAAAUCCUUGGCCAGCUAUACAUGCCUCGGACUAUUUUAAAGCUUUUAGUAAUGAUGUACCGAUACUGUUUUCGCCAGGACAUUUAAUUGUUAUAACGGCACGUUGUUUUGAUAACAAAAAAGGACAAUUUAUUCUAAAAUUUAUGGAUACAGAUACUAAACGAGAAGAAUUUCACUUUAGCGUACGUUUCGACCAAAAAUGUGUCGUACGGAAUUCUAUGAAUAAAAACUUCGAUUUCGGACAAGAAGAACGUCAUGGAGGUUUUCCUUUUACUUUUAAUCAACAAUUUAAACUUGCCAUUGCAUUUACUGAACGUGAAUUCCUGACAGCGGUUGAUGGUUACAAUUUCUGCAGUUACGCUUAUAGAACACCUAAUGUCCUGCAAACUUUAGUGGGCUUUAAAGUUACAACUAUUAAUGGUUUACACAUGCACAUCACUGGAGUAGAUCACUUACAAUUAGGCGAUCCAACAUGCACAAGUUUCGAAAAAUAUUCGAAGAUGAAUCAUGAAUGCGCUUAAUUCUUAAAAUUAAAUUAUUGUUAUUUACUAUUUGUUUGUAUAUAAAAUAUAUAUGAUUUGUUAAUUAAU